AACGACCUUCAUCACCCGAUGGCCGGUGAUCUGAUGAUGUUUAUUACAAAUCCAGUAUUUUGCUCGACUUGCUAAAUCUCUCCCAUACACAUUGCAUACAUACAUGAAUUCUGCAUAACAGAGACGGCAUUGGUUAUCUUGUUGUCACGAAGAAGCCCAUUCAGAAAAUCAUCUGCUCUCUGAACUUUAAUUUUUAUUUUUAUUUUAAAGUGAAAGUGAAAAGGUACUUUCCAAAAUGGUGGUAAAGCUUUACUACGAUGCCAUGUCACAACCCUCUCGGGCCCUUCUCAUAUUUCUAAGAAGCAAUGCCAAGAUUAUCCCCGUAGAAGAGGUGCCAGUGGCCCUUCGUAAAGGCGAACACCUUUCUAAGGACUUUGCCAAUGUCAAUCCCUUCAAGAAGGUUCCGGCAAUUGAUAAUGAUGGAUUUAAGCUGGCUGAAAGCGUCAGCAUUUUGCGUUACCUUUGUCGAACGUUCCCUGUGGCGGACCACUGGUAUCCGAAGGACAGCCAGAAACAGGCCCGAGUGGACGAAUACAUGGCGUGGCAGCACCUCAACCUCAGGGCUUUUGGCAGCAUGUACUUUCGAACUAAAAUCAUCAACCCCAUGAUGGGGCUCCCCGUCAAUGAGGAUAACUUAAAAACCUUCGGAAAACAACUUGAUGAUGUGUUGGGUGUAAUUGAGAAUAUCUGGCUUAAAGAAAACCCAUUCAUCGCAGGGAAAGAAUUGAGCGUUGCAGAUUUACUGGCCACCACUGAACUAGAACAACCAGGAAUGGCUGGAUACGAUGUGUACAAAGGUCACCCUAAAAUUGCAGCAUACGUGAGUGCAGUGAAAGCAAAACUGCAACCGCACUAUGACGAUGCUCACGUUUUUGUCUACAAACUUCAAGCAAAAGCCAAACUUUAGUGAAGAUGGAAUCACAAAAGCUCUACAAAUUUCUAUUUUUGCGCAAAUAAUGACAAAGUACUAUUUCUUUCAAAGUAAUUUUAUUCUGGCGUUUUAGGAUAAUAAAUACAAACCAAUGAAUAUCCACAACUUCCAUAAGUAUGGCAGAAAAAUAUUUGUAAGAAAAGGUUGUAAGGGGAAAUCCCGUAGGCCGUAGUCCUAAUUUAUAUUUGGAAGGCUCAAUAAACUGUAAUAAAUAUUCCAAAAAUUACAAA